GUAUAAAACUGAAGACUAAGUGCCACAUCUUGCCAAUUACAUAUCUCAGGCCCAGUAAAAGUAUACAUACAAUUUCAUGCUAUAGAUGGUGUUGUAUGCUGUCAGAAAAUGUGCCACAAAACAGUUUUCACUUUUAAGAUGAGCUGUUCAUCUAAUAACUUGAUCCAUGUUCACGUUUUGAAACGCUUCGUUUCGUGUGAACAGGGAAAUUCUAAACGUAUAAAAUCCACCCAAUAAGCCCCAUGAAACUGGGUUUUAUUUAAAAUUCACACCAGGCAAAGUGAAACGCUCAAUGAGGGAUUUUUUACGGUUUCUGUUGAUAGUAACAGAGGUAAGUAAAAUAGUGUUUAGUCAAGGUGUGGGGGAAGGGCUGCUGAGUGACGUCUCACGCGCUGAAUUGGGUCAGCUGUCCUCUCUCAGGUCCGCAGGGCUGGUUUUAUAACUGUCGACUGGAACGAGCCAGAUCAUUCCACGAGUGUCUUUAACAGAACAACCAUGUCCGGUCGAGGUAAGGGAGGCAAAGGUCUGGGCAAAGGGGGUGCUAAACGCCACCGCAAAGUCCUUCGGGACAACAUCCAAGGCAUCACCAAACCCGCAAUUCGGCGUUUGGCUCGUCGCGGCGGAGUGAAACGUAUUUCCGGUCUUAUUUACGAAGAGACCCGGGGUGUGCUUAAAGUGUUCCUGGAGAACGUUAUUCGUGACGCAGUCACCUACACUGAGCACGCCAAGAGGAAGACCGUUACCGCCAUGGAUGUAGUGUACGCCCUGAAGAGGCAGGGGCGUACUCUUUAUGGCUUCGGUGGUUAAUUCGUCACCCCGCUAAAUUAACAUAACCCAAAGGUCCUUUUAAGGGCCACACACUGCAUUCUGUAAGAGUACAUGUUCCCAGGUAAUCUGUGCGAUGAGUUGAUGUGAUGACGUGUGGCGAUGUAUUGAAUGAAUUGUUGGUGCUACUGACAUAAUUCUCAAUACUGACAUCCGAACCGUAAAACGUUAUUGAAGGGCCAUACAUUUAAUAUGCAGUAUAUACUAAUA